AAUGUGGAAACAUGUUAUAGUUUCCAUUUUAUUUUUAACAAAACUUGACAUUGCAGUUUCAGAUAUUGGAUUAAUUUGCGAACAUGGAAAUUUGAACAUAGCUUGCCCUGAUGGAAAAAUUCUUAGAAUUGUAUCCGCAAAAUAUGGAAGGGAUAAGGGGGACACAAAAACGUGCCCUAAUGGAUCUAUAGGAAGAUUUGCAUCAAGAAUUUCAUCAACAAACUGUGAAGCAUCAACGUCAUUCGCGAAAACAAUAGAAAUUUGUGAUGAUAUACAAAAAUGCUCCAUUCCUGCAAAGAAUAACCUGUUUGGUGAUCCAUGUCGAGGAAUACUUAAAUAUCUUAGAGUAGAUAGUAACUGUGUUUCAGCGAAUGUUCCUGGUUAUACGCUCUACAAUUUUAAAGAUUAUCCAAACUUUGACAUCUCCCAUAUUGGUAAAUCGAAUAGAAAUGCAUGUCGUGAUCUAUGCGAAAAAAGAUACGGUUGUGCAGGUUUUGUUAUUAAUAGUAAAACCAGAGCAUGUUUUCUUAAAAAACAAGCCAUUGCAUCUGGUUCAAAUUUUAUACAGAGGAUCAAUGGUGAUUUAUAUAUAAGAACAACUGGUCCUAAUGUUGUUUCUGGCUAUACUAUGUAUGUUGGCAAAGAUUAUCCUGGAUUUGAUAUUAAAAAGUUUGAAAAUAUCAGUUACAAAGCCUGUAGUACAUUUUGUGAUGCAAAUAGUUUAUGUAAAGCCUUUGAAUACCAUAAAACAAAAGCAUUUUGUUACUUAAAAAGAGAAGGUCGAGCUAGUGGACCUAAUUUUAAAAGUCAUCCUCUCGGAAUUUUUUUCCUUAAAUUAGAUAAACUUGAAGGUUAUGAUGGUUAUACUGGAAAAGAUUAUCCUGGUUUUGAUAUUAGAGAAUAUAAGGAUUCCAAUCUGAAAGAAUGUGCUGUCUAUUGCAAUAAGCAGGACAACUGUGUUGCUUUCGCAUUUCUUAAACAUAGCAAAAGUUGUUACAUAAAACAUAAAGCAGAGCCAUCUGGAGAAAAUUUCAAAAUUACUGAACGUGUAGAUAUUUAUUUUAAGAAAAAUAAUGAAAACAUUAAAGGAUAUAAAAGAUAUCGAUCAAAAGACUAUCCAGGAUAUGAUUUAAAGAGAUAUUUAAACUCAAAUCCAAUUGAUUGCGCUAAAUAUUGUAAUGAAACAUUUGGUUGUUUUGGAACUGUUUUCCUCUUAACUCAAAAUAUUUGCCACUUAAAAAGUAAAAUGGAAACCUCUGGUCCAAAUUUUAAAGAUCUUAAAAUAACUGAUUUAUACUUCAGAAUACAAGAACCAAAUAGUAAGAGAACAAUAUUAAAUUGUCCAUCACUUUUCUCAAAUGCACAGACAGUACCGGGGACAAUAGAAAGAAGGCUUUGUGCAGUUAUAGAGGCUAAGGCAAGUAUUAAAGGAUAUAAAAGAUAUCCAUCGAAAGAUUAUCCAGAAUAUGAUAUAAAGAGAUAUUUAAACUCCAAUCCAAUUGAUUGUGCAAAAUAUUGUGAUAAAACAAUUGGCUGUUUCGGAACUGUUUUCCUCUUAACUCAAAAUAUUUGCCACUUAAAAAGUAAAAUAGAAAUUUCUGGACCAAAUUUUAAAGACCUUAAAACAACUGAUUUAUACUUGAGAAAUGAUAAACCGAACUUAAACUGUAAAGGAUAUAAAAGAUAUCCAUUGAAAGAUUAUCCAGGAUUUGAUUUAAAGAGAUAUUUCAAAUCAAAUCCAAUUGACUGUGCAAAAUAUUGUGAUAAAACUAUUGGUUGUUCUGGAACUGUUUUCCUCUACACUCUUAAUAUUUGCCAUUUGAAAAGUAAAAUAGAAACUUCUAGUCCGAAUUUUAAAGAUCUUGGAAUCACUGAUGUAUAUCUUAGAAUUGAUGGACCAAGUUCAAUUGAUGAAAAAUUUGUAUGUGAACACAAAUCCAUGACACUUUCGUGCCCAACUGGAACUGGAAUAUUUAUAUUUACAGCAAAAUAUGGAAGAGAUAAAGAUGACUUAUCAUCGUGUGCAAAAAUUUCAAAAAGUCUUUCAAAUAAUUGUGUAUCAGGAUUAUCCAAGUCCAAAUCUAUUGAGCUUUGUCAUGGAAAACAAAACUGUCAAAUUGAAGCAACAAAUAGCGUUUUUACAGAUCCCUGCAAAGGAAUUGUAAAGAAUUUAAGAGUACAAUACAAGUGCAUAAAUUUUAAAUUUAAAGGAUAUACUCAUUAUCCUUUUAAAGAUUAUCCAGGAUUCGAUAUUAAAAGAAUAAAUAAUGUGGCAAAUAGCGAGUGCAUUGCUACCUGUGACAAAACAAAGGAUUGUAUUGGCGUAUUAUAUCAUCUUACUGGAGAAUAUUGUUAUCUGAAACAUGUCUCCAAGGCUUCAGGGCCAAACUUUAAACAUCAUCCAAAUUCUGACUUGUAUAUAAGAUCAAGGCCUACUUCUGCAUUGGAUAUGUAUGUCAAAUAUCCUUUGAAAAAAUAUCCUGGCUUUGAUAUCAAGCGUUUAAAAAAUGCAAAUCCAAUUUUAUGCUCUGAAACUUGUGAUUCAAAUACUCGCUGUGUUGGCUUUGUUUACCACCCAGAAAAGAGGGUAUGCUAUAUCAAGUUUGAAGCUAAAACUAGUGGAUUGAAUUAUAAAACAUCCGCAAGAAGUGAUUUUUACAUUAAGAUAGGCCAUAAUGCUUAA